UCCGGUGAUAUCACUUACUACCAGACCGCAUUGGGUGCUUGCGGGUGGACCAAUGAUGGAACUACUGAAAAGGUCGUCGCUCUUCCACACGCCCUGAUGGGAUCUCAAUCCAACGGCAACCCAUUCUGCGGCAAGACCAUUACGAUCAACGCCAACGGCAAGUCAACCACGGCCAAGGUCGUCGACAAGUGCAUGGGCUGCGAGGGCUUCUCCAUUGAUCUUUCCGAAGCUGCUUUUACCGAGCUGGACAGCGAGUCCGUCGGCCGAACUGGUGCUACCUGGUUCUUCAACUAG